GAGAUUGAAAACCUCAAGGUUGGAGGUUCGUCAGUGGUUUGAUGAACGCCAGGAGUUAGAAUUACAUUAUUCGAAACAACUAUGGAGGUACCAUACAUAAAUUGGAUGAGGAGUAUCAGUGUUUAUGAAAGCCCCUCGCACAUCUACCUCGUUGGUUCUGAUGUUGGGGAACGCCAUUUCCGAAUUCUCAAGAUCGCUCGUGCUCCUGUUCCCUUAAAGGAAGAUCACUUGUGGCUUGAUAAAGAGUGUAGUGCUUCUGAAGCAACUGUUGAAGCAGAAAGUUUAGUUGAUCGAAUAUGGCGUCUGAAUAUAAUUGAGGAUCCUCAUAUUUAUUCCAAAUCAGAAUUAGCACGAUUGCUGCAUGUUAUCCAGGCAACUAGUCGGCAUUUCCAUUCACAAACUAGUUCUCAUGGUAACGACAAGUUGGAGCCAUCAAAAUCUCCUAAAUGGUCACUUUUUUCAAAGCGUCGGCCUCAGGAACAUUUGCCCAAAAUCGACGAAACUUCAUCCAUUUCGAAUUUAAAUAUAUCUAACGAUAUGCUUUCUAAUCCAAAGGAUUUACAGCAAGCUGCAGCUUCUGCUCUGUUCACUGGCAGCAGUAAACGUUCUCUAGUUUUAGUUACAAAAUGCUAUGGGGUCGUUGGAGUUGUACGAUUUCUACGUGGUUAUUACCUUAUCUUAAUUACUAAAUACUCAGUGGUUGCACAAUUAGGUGAACAUCAAAUCUGUAAGGUUGAAGAUACUGCUAUACUUUAUAUUCCUGGCAAUGAUUUUGUUGAUGAACGUGGACUUGCAAAUAAUGGUUCCAGAAGUCAUUAUUCUUCAAUGUCUUCUUUAAAUAGUACAGUUUCACAAGAUCUCGAUAACGAUUCUUGCUCUAAUGAAGAUGAACAACAAACAGGAUUAUUUCAUCUUAUUAAAAGUUCUAUAGGACGUAAGAAACUCUCCAGUGAUGAAAUGCGAUAUUUAAAGCUAUUUAGCAGUGUAGAUUUAGCUAGCAACUUUUACUUUAGUUACACCUAUGAUUUAUCUCAUAGUUUACAAUAUAAUAUGGAGCCUUUAUAUAAGUCUGAUUGUCAAGAAUAUAUCCAUCUGCUAACAUCAAAAUAUAUACCCAAUGAUAAGUAUGUUUGGAAUUGGAGAUUAAUUCCACCGAGAUUUCGACCAGGGUGUAACCGUAAUGGCUCUCGUCUCAUUAGUGAUCAGCCUGAAUGGUUCACUUUGUUAUUUCAUGGUAGUAUUAGUCAAAUAGCCUUAUCUGCUUGCCGAAUGCCAAUGAUGGUUACUCUUAUUGCUCGUAGAUCAAGACAUUUCGCUGGUCGGCGAUUUUUGAAACGUGGUGUUAAUCUGGUUGGUGAUGUUGCAAAUGAAGUGGAAACAGAACAAAUAGUACAUGAUAGCUCAUAUUCAUUUCUUCGUCAUGGACGCGUUUCAUCAUAUGUACAAAUGCGUGGUUCUGUACCGUUAUUCUGGUCACAGGAGUCUUCUAAAGUUGUUGUUGGCAGACCGCCUUUAGAAAUUUUACGUGAUGAUCCAUUCUAUGAAUCGAUGGGUUUACAUUUUUCUAAUUUACUUAAACGUCAUGGAUCUCCAGUUAUUGUGCUUAAUUUAAUGAAAAAACGAGAGAAAAGACCAUUUGAAACAAUUUUAUCUGAUAGAUUUGAACGUGGAAUUAUCUAUUUAAGUCAAUUUUUACCUUCUAGAAUUCUCCAACCAUCUGAUUCAUUAAAUACACUUUUUAUCGAAACAAUUGAUAGUAGUCCACCUAUUAUGUACAUUGGAUUUGAUAUCGCUCGUGUACAAAAAAUGAAACGUACUGUUGUUUUAAAUAAAUUACAACCUAUUAUAGACAAUUGUGUACGUCGUACUGGAAUAUAUUUCUCAUCAUCUGCUUCUUUACCUAUCUCAGAAAUUCAAUUUGAAAAACAUAGAACAAUUGGUUUCAACUCUAAGCAAUGUGGAAUAAUCCGAGUAAAUUGUGUGGACUGUUUAGAUCGAACUAACACUGCACAGUUUGUUAUCGGUCGAGUUGUUUUAGCUUAUCAAUUGUAUGGAUUAGGCUUUUUAGCUGAGCCAGAUUUUAUGGAUAACUCACAAAUCGAUCGAUUACUACAGGAUUUAUAUGAUGAACAUGGAGAUACACUGGCCUUACAAUAUGGCGGUAGUCAAUUAGUGCACAAUAUAAAUACUUAUCGUAAAGUAAAAAAGCUCUCUAGUCACUCGCGUGAUUUUGUUCAAACACUGUCACGAUAUUAUUCUAAUAAAUUUUCUGAUUGGGAAAAACAGUGUGCAAUAAGUUUAUUUUUACGCAUUUAUCGUCCUAAUUUAUGGUCUGGUACACUAUAUGAUUUCAUAAAAAAUCAUCUAAUUCCAAGGUAUUCAAUAGAUGAGACUGAUACAUUCAAAUCAGACAUACCAACUCUCUUUCAUUCAGACACAGAUCAAAUUCUAGCCAGUGUCGCUGCUUCACUGUCUGGUUGUAUCUGGGAUAUGUGUAGUGAUGCUUAUUUACAUUGGUUGGACGCUUGGGCACGUUUACCAACAAGUCGCUUUUCACUAACUGAUUGGUGCUCUCGUGAUCUCUUACAAUGUUUACCCAGAGCAAUGGAUAUAACACAAAAGUCAGUUCUUUAUAAUGAUCGAUGCCUUGUGUUACCAUCAAAUGAUAUCAGAGUUGAUUGGUUCAAUGAAUUUUAUGAUUUAACAUCUUAUGUCGAUUUGGAUCGUUUCUCAAAUCCCCAUAUCCGGUCAACUGAACUUGUUGUUGAACAUCAUUUAGGCGAUUAUAUGAUUCCGAAGUCAUAUCCAAAUUUAAAGACCAAUGAACAAUUACAUUCGCAACAUAGCAACAAUAAUAAUAUAAAAUACACGUCUGUUCCUGAAAAAGAUCAACUUACUAACUGUAGUUAUCCUACAUUAUCAAAUAUUUACAUGGAUUUAGGUCGUUCAAUAUGUGCCGCGCAUUCAUUUCCUAAUUUUACUGAUAUACCACAUUUCGAUUGGUCUACUAAACAAAAUAAUCUUUCGUCUAAAUAUUACAAAGAUGGCAACAAUUCAAAUGAAGCAUUGAAUCCUUCAAUUAGUAAUGUUGAAUUAAACAAAACAAAAAAGUUUAAAAAAGUAAAAGACAAAUGUCCAGUAAAUAAUAAUUUCGAUGAUGAAAAAGACAAAAAACAACAAGAAAAAUCUGCUGUUGUUGCUGAGGAUGACGGUGAUAAUGGUGAAGACAAAUCUAGUUCAGAUAGCGAUUAUGAGGAGUCGAUAGAUAAUUGUAUUAAUUUCUUUCCGCCCGAUUUGAAUCUAUUUCAAUUGCUUCUUGAUCCAGACUUAUCAGUAACACAAUCUAAACGUCUACCUGACAAAUAUUUUGAUAAUAAAGGAUAUUCUGUAAGUUACCCGUAUACUUCAAAUUCUACAAAACGUCAAAAGCGAAAACAAACAAUAGUUGGCCAACUUGGUAAAUCCAAAGAAGAUCCUGAAUCCACCUAUUCAAAUUGUGUAUCGUCAUCUGAGAUCGUGUUAAAUUUACCAAAUAAACAUGUCUAUGAAGAUUAUCUUCGUACAGAUUUUAUUAAACAUCCAAUUCAAAUUGAUAAUUAUUAUAUAAAUAAAUUUGCUACUCUAAAUACUUUAUCAUCAUCGUCUUCGUUGCCUAUAGAUAAAACUUCAAUUGAUAUUUAUAAUCUAUGGAGCGAUCCAAGAUAGAUCGCCAUUGAGAACCUAGAAGAACUGGGUGGCUGUACUGUCAUCGUACUGGAAUCCUAAUCACUGCGCAUUCACGACUCCUCACGCUGAAAACGAACCCGAACAUUAGGUCUCUCGCGUGAACGCUUAACCUGUAGAACAUUGAGCCUCCAUUCAACAGUGCUAAUAUUUAACCUCAACCAAUCCAUGAUAUUCCCCAACCAUAUUCCUUUGUCUUCGAUGGGUAACUGCCUCACACCUGACACGGAUUGGUUUUACGAAUCAUGGCUUCUCAAUAAAACUCCAAAACUUUCCUCUUAAAACUGGUCACUAAUGACCACAUGAUAAUUUUCAGUGUGGGGUUAAAGAUUUCUUUCAACCACCACUGUCAGAGAGGUAUUUAAUCUUAUUAGUUAAUAGUUAAUUAUCAUAUUGUUAUAUCUUGUGAACCUGUGUGCCCUGUUUAUUGUAUAACGCAACGAUAUCAACAAUCAGAGAGCAGUGAGUUAUCGAUCGGACUAGUGACGCAAUAAACACAUGCGAGCAGCCUAGAGUCCUGAUUGGUCCUGCUUUCCGCCUAGCCCAGCCAGUUGAGUCCAGAACACCAAUCUCAGCUUCCUCAAUAUGAAUCAUUUAUUUCAAACACACUCGGUUUAUAUAUCAUCCAGACAGACCACAACCUACCAUAAAAUAUGAAACAACAUUUGUACAAUAUUUAGCCAAAAGUGGCUGUGAAUGAGGGAGGUAGUGAAUAACAGACAGGGAAUAAUUCAAGAAUGGUAAAUCGUAUAAUAAUAGUUCAUAGGUCAAAAUAAAACUCAUAACAAGAGGGACAUGAAUGUGUGAACAGUUUAGUUACAUAACAAUUAUACGAUAAAAAUAUACUCAUAGUAUUGGUCCAUCAAUAGAUCCGAAAAAUUACCAUUCAUUAUUCUUAUCGGGAUAUAACACAUAUCAUCCUUUAAUUCUCUUUAUAUUAAUCUAUUUUACAUUUUAGAAUUAUGUUCAAAUGAAUAAUAUUGGCUUGUGUAAUAUAUCCAAAAACAGUAUGAAUAUCUAUAAGGCAACAGCUUAUCUGACAUCACAGUUAUUAUAUUAAUACAGAAGUAAAAGACGGAUAUUUUUUCAAUGCAACUUAUUUUAAUUCUCUUACAGUAUCGAAUGUUUAAUAUUUUAAAUGAUCACUUUACGAAUUACUAAUUUUUCGUCUACAUUUUCUGUAAAUAUAUAGAAUCAAAUAGUGUUUUACUUUUGUACUUCACUUUAUUAUUCACUUAUGCAUAAUUAUACAUGAUGUGUUGAUUUGACUUUGUUUUAUUCUUCUACUCUUACCAUCAAUACUUAUUUAUUUAUUUAUUUGAACACAUAAAUAUUGGUACAAUAGAGCGCCAAUAUAUAUGCGCCACACAAAACAAUGGGAAUUCGAAGAGAAGUAGAAAGAAGAAAAAAAAACUAAGGAACGCAAAAGAAAAAGAGAACAAUGACGAAGAGAUUGGAGUAAGGUAGUGUGGUAGUAACGACGGAACGAAAAGGUACAAUUAGAAGAAAUCUUUCAGGUAAAGGAGACACAACCACUUUUUAUGAAGAAAGUAAAAGAAGGUUACAGCAUGAUCGCCACUGGCUUCUAUUCUGAGCCAUAUCUGGUAACGUCUCUAGCCACUGUGUAGCACCAUCUCUCAGACCCCAGCCAGGGAGUCGUGAAGGACCAACACAAGCCAGUCCUUUGCAGCUUUCUUUCAUGCCACGACACCAUGUCAUGCACUGACCACCUCUCCGCUUCUUCCAACCAGUCCCAGAGUCGGCAAAUAAUGCACGACGUGGAAUUCUAUGGGACGACAUUCGGAGAACAUGUCCAAGCCACCGAAGUCGAUGUUUCAAGAUGGUGACAACAAUUGAAUUAUCAUCUCUGUGCCCGAACACACGAUGCCGAACCUCUGCAUUACUGACAUGGUGUUGCCACUGAAUGUCAGCAAUCCUUCGGAGACAACGAUGAUCGAACACAGAGAGUCGUACCACAAAACAAAUUGAUGAACUCUUUAUACCAUCAAUACUGCUAAUAAUAAUGCUCAGUCAUUGAUAUGUUAUUGAUUUCUAUUGUGAAAUGUGGUCACAAUUACCUUAAUCAGUUACUUGAAGAUCUCGAGUUAAACGUCUGAAGAUAGAUUAUAGCGAUGGAGAUGUGUUCAUUCUUAAUCUCUCUCUCUCUCUCUCUCUCUAUAUAUAUAU